AUGGAGAGUCGCGAUCCACCGCCCGGGCGCUCCAGCUCAAAUGGCUACAUCGAUGAGACACAAUCGUCCUUCAACAAGCUUGAGGCGCAGAGAUGGGAGCGCGCACUGGAGAGCUCACAGCGCGCACUCAACCAGUCAAUGGACUCGCCCACUUAUCAAGACUUUUGUAAUUACAGCGCGCCCAUUCGGAGCCGCGACUUUCAAGGGAGUCAAGAUUGGUCUGAAGGCACAACGAGAGCUAGCGGAGGUGACGACACUUUCCAGUCGCCUUCCAGCGACACUACUGUCAAGAUGGACGACGGCUGCCGCUACAGUCAGGUCGACAGUAACUAUGCCCGACGUCCGGCACUCAACAUCGCAAUUCCUACAUCAGAGACAGGCGCCACGAAUGGAUCUGCGUCUUCAGAUUCUGACGUAUCACCGUUAUCUCAGCGCCAGUCUUUCGCCAGCGUCGCAGUCGACUCACCUGUUCAAACCCGCCUCGGGGGCCCAGUCCAGAUUCCAGCGAGGGAGGACAUUUACAACCCACACGCCAUAUGGUCCUCUCCCGCUCAGGUGCAGAAUCAGGAGUCAGGAGGCUCUGCACGCUCUCAACUCAGCUCGAACAAAGCCACAUUCGGUAGAUCCGCCCUCUUGCAGUCGAGCUUACCCAUUCCACGAAACACGUCUCUCGAGGAGAUGAUCGUACCGCGCGGACCGAAUCUACAUCAACGAAGGCUCGAUGCUAGAGUGUCAAGCUCACCGGGUAUACCGUCACCGCUGAGUCCUGGACGUAUGCGAGAGCAGCUCCAUGAGGGAGAGGUUAGAGGUUUGUCGCUCUCUCCGGUCCCGAACGGCCGUCUCCACACGAGCGAUCAGAUGAAGUACGGGAGGGCCAACCCACAUGAUAGAGAGAUGAAGCGAAUAUGGCAGAACAACCCAUCUCCGCAUUCCCCUACCGUGCAACGCUACGCAUCCAGCGGCUCAAUGGACCCGCCCAUGUUCGACGUAUACCCGCGAAGCGCUGAGAUAAACGACGCAGGAAACCUGACCCUGGGUGGGUCACCGUACAGUAACGGUUCUGGACACGCGCGAAAGCAAUCGGAUCCUUUCGUGGACCAUAAGCCGUUCCAGUACAGCACGAGGUCUACAACUCGCAUGUGUGGAGUCGGUGCGCCUUUCCUGCCGCCUGGCACUCGUCCGCCGCCUGUCCACCCUGGCAUGCAUGGAGUUGCUAGGCCGUCUUCCCAGAACCCGGCUGGCAUUCAGAUGUGUGGGAGUAAUAGUGGGAUUAGCUUUGAUCCCCGAUCUCCGCAGUUCGUAGGUCUGCGAUCUGUUGUUGCCCGUACGUGUGGAAGUAAUAGUGGAAUUACCUUCGAGCCCAGAAGCCAGCCGUUCAACCGCCCGCCGUCCGCCGAUACUCAGACAUGUGGAACUACGCCGUUCAACCGCCCAUCUAGUAAUGUUGUGUGUGGGGCUACUCUACCCAUACCAUCCCCAUCUAAGAAUCGCAUGAACGGCACUCCUACGCCCUUCAUACCCCCAUCUCAGUCGUUCACCCGACCGCCUCGUACCCCAUUCACUGGGACAUGGCCUACCUCCGCGCCUGCAACAUCCAGAUUCGCUACCCCGGCCGAGACAGAAGGCCCUCGCUCCGCACGUGAAACAGGCUUCCAAGCCCGUCUGCCUCUUCGAGAAAACCUGCCCAUCCCGCCUCCACCGCUCUCCUCCAUUGAAGGCCAGUGCGAGCACACCCCCGAAGCUCGCGCUCGUCUUGACGCGCAGAAGCCCAUUCGCGAGGCGUGGAUCCGCGAGGAAGCCUCCAAGAUAGCUCAGCUAGCAAGGCUGAGGCACGCAAUGGAAAAGCGCUACCAAGAGACACGUUCCGACAAGGACUACGAGGCCUGGCAAAACCUUCAAGCCGCCUAUGAUGAUGCUACGAAUCUGGAGAAGAGACAGGAAGAGAGGCGGAACUUGGUCUUGAAGGAUAAGAAGAUGAAGGCAUUGAAGACGGAUUGCGCUGAGGACAUGUCACUUGCGAGUCGUGACAGCGUUGGUACGCAUGGGGAGGAGAAGCUACUCGGUUACAAGAUGGCGCUUAUGGAGCGCACGUGUGCUGAGGUCAAGCCUGAUGAGGAUGCUGAAGCUAUCACUGCUGAAAUGUUGGAGACGUUGAGCAAAGAGGAGAAAAAGGCUAUCCGGAAGCUCCUCAUCACCCGUCUUGGACGAAAGCCUUGA